AUGUCUGUCUGUUUUGUAGUUUCCAACCCCAUCUCCAUCUCCAUCUCCAUCACCUUUUAUUUUUAUUUUUGUUUUGUUUCUAACUCAACCAAGCACUCAAUAUUCAACAAACCACAAAACAAACGCAUGCAGACGUGCGUAUUUAUGUGUACAUUUUUUAUUUGCUUUUUCCUUUCUUUCCUGUUCCUUCUCUGUUUCUUCCUUCCUUCCUUCCUUAUUUCUUUUUUUUCUUUCUCCCUCCCCCUUCUUUUUCUUUUUUUUCUUUUUUUCACGCUCCUCCCUGAACAGGCACAUACAAUUUCAGACACGACCAUAUAUAUAUAUAUAUAUAUUUAUAAUUAUUUGUAUAUUUCAUAUAUAUAUAUAUAUAUAAAUGUGUUGUCACUCCCUGCGACGCAAGGGAUAUAG